CCGUCCGCCCGCGGGGCGACGUCGCCGCCAUGGCCCGCUGGAUCCCGACCAAGAGGCAGAAGUACGGGGUCGCAAUCUAUAACUACAAUGCUUCUCAAGAUGUGGAGCUGUCCCUGCAGAUCGGAGACACCGUCCACAUCCUGGAGAUGUAUGAGGGUUGGUACAGAGGAUAUACUCUCCAGAAUAAAUCUAAAAAGGGCAUUUUCCCUGAAACAUACAUCCAUUUGAAAGAGGCCACUGUGGAAGACCGAGGGCAGCAUGAGACCGUGAUUCCCGGGGAGCUGCCCCUCGUGCAGGAGCUCACAAACACUCUGCGAGAAUGGGCCGUCAUCUGGCGCAAGCUCUAUGUGAACAACAAGGUCGCGCUCUUCCGCCAGCUGCAGCAGAUGACGUACAGCUUGAUCGAGUGGCGUUCCCAGAUCCUGUCCGGGACGCUCCCCAAGGAUGAACUCGCAGAGCUCAAGAAGAAGGUCACGGCCAAAAUCGACCAUGGGAACAGGAUGCUCGGGCUAGACCUGGUAGUGCGAGAUGACAACGGGAACAUCUUGGACCCGGAUGACACCAGCACUAUUGCGCUCUUUAAGGCCCAUGAGGUAGCCUCAAAAAGGAUUGAGGAGAAGAUCCAAGAAGAAAAGUGCAUCCUACAGAACCUUGACCUGCGGGGCCAGGCCAUCUUUAGCACCGUCCACACCUACGCUCUGUAUGUGAACUUCAAGAACUUCGUGUGCAACAUUGGGGAGGAUGCAGAGCUGCUCAUGGCCCUCUAUGACCCAGACCAGUCCACCUUCAUCAGUGAGAACUACCUAAUCCGCUGGGGCAGCAGUGGCAUGCCCAAGGAGAUAGAGAAGCUGAAUAACCUCCAAGCAGUGUUCACAGACCUCAGCAGUACAGACCUCAUCCGGCCUCGCAUCAGCCUCGUGUGUCAGAUCGUCCGGGUGGGCCGCAUGGAGCUGAAGGAGGGCAAGAAGCACACCUGUGGGCUCCGGAGGCCUUUUGGAGUAGCAGUGAUGGACAUUUCUGAUAUUGUCCACGGGAAGGUGGAUGAUGAGGAGAAGCAGCACUUCAUUCCCUUUCAGCAAAUUGCCAUGGAAACCUACAUCCGGCAGAGGCAGCUCAUCAUGUCACCCUUGAUAACGUCUCACGUGAUUGGGGAGAACGAGCCGCUCACAUCGGUCUUGAAUAAAGUCAUAGCUGCCAAGGAAGUGAAUCACAAAGGACAAGGGCUUUGGGUGUCCUUGAAGCUGUUGCCAGGUGACCUCACACAGGUUCAGAAGAACUUUUCACACCUGAUUGACCGAUCAACGGCAAUCGCCCGGAAAAUGGGCUUUCCCGAGAUCAUCCUGCCAGGAGAUGUUCGGAAUGACAUUUAUGUCACCCUGAUCCAUGGGGAGUUUGACAAAGGGAAAAAGAAGACGCCUAAGAACGUGGAGGUGACCAUGUCUGUGUUUGAUGAAGAAGGCAACCUCUUAGAGAAAGCAAUUCACCCUGGUGCUGGGUAUGAAGGCAUUUCUGAAUACAAAUCUGUAGUCUACUACCAAGUCAAGCAGCCUUGUUGGUAUGAAACCGUCAAGGUCUUCAUUGCUAUAGAGGAGGUCACCCGCUGCCACAUAAGAUUUACCUUCCGACACAGAUCGUCUCAGGAAUCCAGAGAUAAAUCGGAGAGAGCUUUUGGGGUGGCCUUCGUGAAACUCAUGAACCCAGACGGCACCACACUGCAGGACGGGAGGCAUGACCUGGUGGUCUACAAGGGUGAUAACAAGAAAAUGGAAGAUGCUAAAUUCUACCUGACCCUGCCUGGGACCAAGGUAGAGAUGGAAGAAAAAGAACUACAAGCAGCCAAAAAUCUGUCUGCCUUUACCCCCAGUAAGGAUAGCACGAAGGACAGUUUUCAGAUUGCCACUCUCAUUUGUUCUACCAAACUCACGCAGAAUGUGGACCUGCUAGGCUUAUUAAACUGGCGUUCUAACUCCCAGAAUAUUAAGCACAACCUAAGGAAAUUAAUGGAAGUGGAUGGAGGAGAGAUUGUUAAGUUCUUGCAAGAUACACUCGAUGCACUUUUUAAUAUAAUGAUGGAAAUGUCAGACAAUGAGACCUACGACUUCCUUGUGUUUGACGCACUGGUCUUCAUCAUCUCACUGAUAGGAGACAUCAAGUUCCAGCAUUUUAAUCCCGUGCUUGAGACCUACAUUUACAAGCACUUCAGCGCUACUUUGGCAUAUGUGAAACUAUCCAAGGUACUGAACUUGUACGUGGCUAACGCCGACGACUCCAGCAAGACGGAGUUACUGUUCGCCGCUCUGAAAGCCCUCAAGUACUUAUUCCGGUUCAUCAUCCAGUCCCGAGUGCUCUACCUGAGAUUUUAUGGCCAGAGUGAAGAUGGAGAUGAGUUUAAUGACUCAAUUCGCCAUUUAUUUUUUGCCUUCAAUACACUGAUGGACAGGCCUCUGGAAGAAGCCGUCAAGAUCAAGGGGGCAGCUUUGAAGUACCUUCCUAGCAUAAUUAACGAUGUCAAACUGGUGUUUGAUCCUGUGGAGCUCAGCGUGCUCUUCUGCAAGUUCAUUCAGAGCAUCCCUGAUAACCAGCUGGUCCGGCAGAAACUUAACUGUAUGACCAGGAUCGUGGAGAGCAACCUUUUCCAGCAGUCAGAGUGCAGGGAGGUGCUGCUCCCGCUGCUGGCGGACCAGCUCAGCGGCCAGCUGGACGAGCACGCCAGCAAGCCCGACCACGAGGCCAGCUCGCAGCUGCUGAGCAGCAUCCUGGAGGUGCUGGACAGGAAGGACGUGGGCCCCACGGCGGGCCACGUGCAGCUCAUCAUGGAGCGGCUGCUGAGAAAGAUCAACCGGACCGUGAUUGGGAUGAGCCGGCAGUCGCCGCACAUCGGCGGUUUCGUGGCCUGCAUGAUUGCCAUCCUCCGGCAAAUGGACGACAGCCACUACGGGCACUACAUCAGCACCUUCAAGACCAAGCAAGACAUCAUUGACUUCCUCAUGGAAACGUUCAUCAUGUUUAAGGAUCUGAUUGGAAAGAAUGUGUAUGCCAAAGAUUGGAUGGUCAUGAAUAUGACCCAGAGCAGGGUUUUCCUCCGUGCUAUCAACCAGUUUGCUGAUGUUCUCACAAGAUGCUUCAUGGACCAGGCAAGCUUUGAACUUCAGCUCUGGAACAAUUACUUCCAUUUGGCAGUAGCAUUUCUCACCCACGAGUCCCUGCAGCUUGAGACCUUCUCACAAGCCAAGCGCAACAAAAUUGUGAAAAAAUACGGGGACAUGAGAAAGGAAAUCGGCUUUAGAAUCCGGGACAUGUGGUAUAAUCUGGGUCCUCACAAGAUCAAGUUUAUCCCUUCCAUGGUGGGUCCCAUCCUGGAAGUCACUCUGACUCCUGAAGUGGAGCUGCGGAAAGCCACGAUCCCCAUCUUCUUCGAUAUGAUGCAGUGUGAGUUCAACUUCAGUGGGAACGGCGAUUUCCACAUGUUUGAGAAUGAGUUGAUCACAAAGCUGGACCAAGAGGUGGAAGGGGGUCAAGGAGAUGAACAGUAUAAGGUUCUUCUGGAAAAACUGCUUCUAGAACAUUGCCGGAAACAUAAAUACCUCUCGGGAUCCGGGGAAGUCUUUGUCCUCCUGGUCAGCAGCCUCUUGGAGAACCUGCUGGAUUACAGAACCAUCAUCAUGCAUGAUGAGAGCAAGGAGAACCGCAUGAGCUGUACUGUGAACGUGCUGAAUUUUUACAAAGAGAAGAAGCGCGAGGACAUAUACAUAAGGUAUCUGUACAAGCUUCGCGAUCUGCACCGGGACUGUGAGAACUACACAGAAGCCGCCCACACGCUGCUGCUGCACGCCGAGCUCCUGCAGUGGUCUGACAAGCCCUGCGCACCCCAUUUGCUUCAGAGGGACAGUUACUACGUUUAUACCCAGCAAGAGCUUAAGGAGAAGUUGUAUCAAGAAAUCAUAUCAUAUUUUGACAAAGGCAAAAUGUGGGAGAAGGCCAUCAAACUGAGCAAGGAGCUGGCCGAGACCUACGAGAGUCAAGUGUUCGACUAUGAAGGCCUGGGCAGUCUCCUGAAAAAAAGAGCCACAUUUUAUGAGAACAUCAUUAAGGCCAUGAGGCCCCAGCCCGAAUACUUUGCUGUGGGAUACUACGGACAGGGCUUUCCUUCUUUCCUGCGGAAUAAGAUGUUCAUCUACCGAGGAAAGGAGUAUGAGAGGAGAGAGGACUUCAGCCUGCGCUUGCUGACGCAGUUCCCCAGUGCAGAGAAGAUGACCAGCACCACAGCCCCCGGAGAGGACAUCAAGUCCUCCCCGAAGCAGUACUUCCAGUGCUUUACCGUGAAGCCCGUGAUGAGCCUGCCGCCCAGCUACAAGGAUAAGCCAGUGCCGGAGCAGAUCUUAAACUACUACCGGGCCAAUGAAGUCCAGCAGUUCAGAUACUCCCGGCCAUUCCGGAAAGGAGAAAAGGACCCAGACAAUGAGUUUGCUACCAUGUGGAUCGAACGGACCACAUACACGACCGCUUAUACCUUCCCUGGGAUUCUCAAGUGGUUUGAAGUCAAACAAAUCUCAACAGAAGAAGUCAGCCCUCUGGAGAAUGCCAUAGAGACCAUGGAACUGACCAAUGAGAAGAUCAGCAACUGUGUGCAGCAGCAUGCCUGGGACAGGUCCCUCUCUGUGCACCCGCUGUCCAUGUUGCUCAGUGGCAUCGUGGACCCAGCUGUCAUGGGGGGAUUCUCCAACUAUGAGAAGGCAUUUUUUACAGAAAGAUACUUACAGGAACAUCCUGAGGACCAGGAGAAGGUGGAGCUGCUGAAACGACUGAUCGCGUUGCAGAUGCCUCUGCUCACAGAAGGGAUCCGCAUCCACGGGGAGAAGCUCACUGAGCAGCUCAAGCCACUGCACGACCGGCUGUCUACCUGCUUCCGGGAACUCAAGGAGAAAGUAGAAAAGCUCUAUGGGGUUAUAACACUGCCGCCCAGCCUGACGGAGAGGAAGCAGAGCCGCACGGGCUCCAUGGUGCUGCCCUACAUCCUGUCCUCCACACUGCGCAGGCUGUCCGUCACCUCGGUGACAUCCUCAGUGGUCUCCACCUCCUCCAACUCCUCUGACAACGCCCCCUCGAGGCCAGGAUCUGACGGAUCCAUCCUGGAGCCGCUCUUUGAGCGCAGGGCCUCAUCCGGUGCCAGAGUUGAGGAUCAGCCACCCAGAGAGGACAGUGAAAACCGGAUCAGCAAGUGCAAGAGAAAAGACUGGAGUCUGAGCAAGUCCCAAGUCAUCGCGGAGAAAGCUCCAGAACCCGAUAUGAUGAGCCCGGGCAGGAAGGUACAAAGGCCGAAGAGCCUCCAGCUGCUGGACAACCGGCUCACGCCGUUCCAUGGUGCCUCCUCUCCCCAGUCUGCCGCCUUGAGCCCGCCUCCACUCACUCCUAAAGCCGCCAGGACGCUAAGUUCCCCGUCUUUGCCGACAGAUGGGCUGCUGACUUCUCUCCCGCCUCCCCCGCCCCCCAAGAGCAAGCCCUAUGAGAGCAGCCAGAGGAACUCCACCGAGAUUGCACCCCCACUUCCUGUCCGAAGAGAAGCCAAAGCCCCGCCCCCGCCCCCGCCCAAGGCUCGGAAAUCGGGCAUCCUGUCUUCAGAGCCUGGAUCCCAGUGAGGCUGUGGUCCUGGCUCGGCCACCCCUGAGUGCCUUGGUCCGCUGUUGCCUGAAGAGGGUCGCCAGGAGAGCCUGGCCUCAUGGCACGGGCUCCCUGCUGGCUGCGCUGCCUGGCCAGAAAUGUUUGCCAGCUCAAAACUGGGUUGGUUCCUUUGAAAGCCUUUCUCCGGUAGAUGUUUGGAGACAUGCCGCGUCCUCUCCAGCCCGUGGCCAUCUGCCUGUGUUUUCAGAGUAGCCCCCUCCCCUCCAUUACACUUCAGCCUCAGCCGCAGACGCACCAGGCUCUGAAGAUGCGUCCACCGGGUCUUCCACAGCGACCGCGGACUGGCAUUGGAGCAGCUGGGUGGAUUUCUGGCUUUGCUUCUGGCAAUCCAGUGCUGAAGACUUGGUAACUUCUCUCCUGAGUGCAUCCCUGCCUGGCAUAGCCUCUAGGAAGACAAGAAUGCCAGGUCCAAUCUGGGAGCUGACAGUUCUUUCUCUAACGUCUGCGAUGUCCCCUUUGAGGGCAAGAGCACGCCUUUGUAAUGGGGCAGGACGGCGCUCAGCUGUGGAUGGCUUUUCACCACUAAGACACUAGGGCUUACUCCUUUCACACUCCCAAGUGUCCCUGGGUUCCUUUGAAGCUGGUUUGCAUACAUAGUUUCUCAUCCUGUGCUCUCCUCUGAGCUCAGAGCCAAGGCUGAAAAGAACCUAAGGGUCCCAAGCCCAGGCAAUUUCGUUUCUAGACCCCAGAUGGGUGACUUGGGAGCCCCUGCCUGCUGCCUGAUUUUACCGUGGAGAAUACAGUGCAAUAUUGCCCUUGGAUUAUUUAUUCUUCCUGUUCAUAGAAUUCGUUGGAUUACUCGCUAAUGGUACUAAUGAUACUCCUUUCAGAAGAAAAAAAAAAGGGUGAUUUG